UUUUAUAAUUAUUUGAUAAAAAAGAAAUUGUAUUCUCCAUUCGAUUGUCAAAGCAAAGCCGACGAAGGGGAUCAGCAGCAUCAAUCAAUGGCUUCUCAGAUAUUGAAACGCGUUCUUGGAAGCCGAUCCAGGCAGAUUCUCUCCGGAAACCCUAGCCCUACCUUUCUAUCUGAAUCGUCUACGCUAGUCAGGGCUUUCUCUUCUCCUUCUACUCCGAUCCGUGCCACUCUCUUCCCUGGCGAUGGAAUCGGACCGGAGAUUGCCGAGUCCGUCAAGCAGGUUUUUCAAUUAGCUGAAGUGCCUAUCGAAUGGGAAGAGCACUAUGUUGGGGACCAAAUAGAUCCUAGAACCCAGAGUUUCCUAACUUGGGAAAGUUUAGAAUCAGUAAGGCGAAAUGGUGUAGGCUUGAAAGGGCCAAUGGCCACACCAAUUGGAAAAGGUCAUCGUUCUUUGAACCUCACCCUUAGGAAAGAACUGAAUUUGUUUGCCAAUGUCAGGCCUUGCUACAGUCUACCUGGCUAUAAAACUCGGUAUGACGAUGUAAACCUUAUAACCAUCCGUGAAAACACAGAAGGAGAGUACAGUGGACUUGAACAUCAAGUAGUAAGAGGCGUGGUUGAAAGUCUUAAAAUCAUCACUCGUCAAGCAAGUUUGAGGGUGGCAGAAUAUGCCUUUCACUAUGCCAAGGCCCACGGAAGAGAAAGAGUAUCUGCAAUUCACAAAGCCAAUAUUAUGCAGAAAACAGAUGGUUUGUUUCUUAAGUGUUGUCGUGAGGUAGCAGAGAAGUACCCUGAGAUUGUAUACGAGGAAGUGGUCAUUGACAAUUGCUGUAUGAUGCUUGUGAAGAAUCCUGCACUUUUUGAUGUGUUAGUGAUGCCUAACCUUUAUGGAGAUAUUAUCAGUGACCUUUGUGCUGGUUUGAUUGGUGGUUUGGGCUUAACACCAAGCUUGAAUAUUGGCGAGGGAGGUAUUGCCCUUGCUGAAGCUGUACAUGGUUCAGCACCUGAUAUUGCUGGAAAGAACAUGGCAAAUCCAACUGCUUUGCUGCUGAGCGCUGUUUCAAUGUUGCGGCACUUGGAGCUACAUGAUAAGGCAGAUCGGAUCCAAAACGCUAUUCUCAAAACUAUUGCAGAGGGGAAGUACCGAACCGGUGACCUUGGCGGCUCUGCAUCGACAACUGAUUUUACAAAAGCAAUUUGUGGUCAUCUGUGAAGACUCUCUGUGGAAGAUUUAAAUUUUGAAAUUUUGAGUAGAAAACAAAUUGUUCAUUGACAGGCAUCCUGUCGGUUCCAUGGUUAAAACCUCCUUUCAGAUAUUGUUGAUGGUGAAUAAGACUGCUUCGUUUUUUAAUGGAUAUGAAGAACCCCCUUCCAGUUGUGCACGGAUAAUUCUAUGGAUGUUCAUGAAGUAAGUUGAGGUGGUGCAUUUUUUGUGCUCUUCGUUCAUGCCACAACCACAAGUGAACCAUAUCAUUGAUUUGACCCGUC